UAAUUUACUGUUUUAUUGCCUAUUAUCUAUAAAAUGUACAAUUGUUCUAGACAUUUAAUCUCAUUCCGAUAAUACAAGUGUUGUAAACGUUUAGCCAAUCACAUAACGCAAAUUUCAAAUCCUGUGUAAUAACACAUCACAAUUGGUCAGGGAAAAUGUGCGCUUCUUUAUAUUUGUCGCAGUAAUAACUGAAUAUGUCUUUAUUUUAUACGAGAAUCAACUGCACAAUCUAUUUUUACCAUGAAUGAGGCCAACGAUUUAAAACCACCCAAGGACAAUGAAAAGGAGAAAGAAGUCUCUUUGCCCUACUACAGACUGUUUAGGUACUCCAGCGGACUGGAUAAAGUGUGCAUGGCAUUUGGGGUGGUUUGCUCGGUAAUAUGUGGGGCGGGACAGCCUUACAUGUUGUUGCUUUUUGGUGAUGUGACCGGGGCAAUAGUGGAGUACGCAGUACAUCUAAACAACGAAACUCUUAAUGACACCCAAUGGGACCGACUGAAUGACAAACUGUACAGCGAAGUGGAGCGGUUUUCUAUAUACACGUGUAUCAUAGGCUUUUUGACCAUCUUGACGACUUACUUAGCGGGGAUUUCGUUUACGUACAGUGCAACGAGACAAAUAUUUCGAAUAAGAAAACUGUUUUUGGAAAAAACGCUGAAUCAAGAUAUAGGGUGGUAUGAUCUACACCAAACAGGCGAUUUUGCAACAACAUUUACUGAUAAUUUAACAAAGAUCGAGGAUGGUAUUGGAGAAAAAAUUGGAAUCUUCUUGUUUUUCGAGUCCACAUUUGUAGCUGGUAUAAUCAUGGCACUCAUAAAAGGUUGGAAAUUAGCCUUGGUGUGUUUGGUUUCACUGCCAUUAUCAACUAUAUCAAUGGGCUUGAUAACGUGGCUGUCCACGAAAUUUUCGAAACAAGAAAUGGAGUCGUAUGCUUCAGCUGGUGCAGUGGCUGAAGAAGUGUUGACCUCCAUCAGGACAGUGGUGGCUUUUGACGGACAAGACAAAGAAAUUGACCGAUACAACGAACAUUUAUUAACGGCAAAAAAGAAUAACAUUAAGAAAAGCUUCUUUAACUCAAUUAGCAAUGGCGUCAUGUGGUUUUUUACCUUUGCAAAUUUUGCACUAUCCUUUUGGUAUGGCGUGACUUUAAUCAUUGCAGAAGCUGAUCUGCCUCCCGAAGACGUCAUUUACACACCGGGAAACAUGAUAUCAGUGUUCUUUGCUACACUGUCUGCGUCGUGGAAUUUUGGAAUGGGGACUCCGUUUCUAGACACUUUCGGUACCGCCAAAGGAGCAGCCUACAAAGUAUUUUCGAUUCUAGACAGUCAACCAAAAAUUAACAAGUCCAAAGAGAGUGGUAAAACAUUGAGUAAAUGCAGUGGCGACAUAACAUUCGACAAUGUACACUUCAAUUACCCAUCAAGAUCCGACGUCAAGAUUCUUCAAGGAUUCAAUUUAAAAAUAAAGCACGGAGAGACAGUCGCUUUGGUCGGUAGUUCGGGAUGCGGGAAAUCAACUUGUGUCCAAUUAAUUCAAAGAUUCUACGAUCCUGAUUCAGGAAAUAUUUUGCUGGACAAUCACAAUAUAAAAGAUCUGAACUUGAUUUGGCUCAGGAAUAAGAUUGGAGUUGUGGGCCAAGAACCAGCACUGUUUGCCACGUCAAUAGCUGAAAACAUCCGGUACGGAAAGCUGGACGCCACUCAAGCCGAAAUCGAAAAGGCUGCAAUGAAAGCAAAUGCUCAUAAGUUUAUUCAAAACUUACCGCACGGAUAUCAGACUGUCAUUGGUGAGAGAGGUGCCCAAUUAUCUGGAGGACAGAAGCAAAGAAUAGCAAUUGCCAGAGCCCUCAUAAAGAAUCCCGAUAUUUUGUUAUUGGAUGAAGCUACUUCUGCGUUAGAUACCACGAGUGAAGCUGAAGUACAAGCAUCAUUGGACUCUAUAAGUGGCGAUUGUACCACAAUUAUAGUUGCACAUCGUUUGUCUACGAUCCGAAAAGCCAACAGAAUUGUCUUUGUAUCCCAAGGAAAAGUUAUAGAAGAAGGAACUCAUGGAGAAUUAAUGGAAUUAAAGGGCGAAUAUUUUAAAUUGGUCAAUUCACAAGGACACGAUGAUAAUGAACUUAAAGAAGAACAUUUCCUUCAAAGAACAAUAAGCAUAUCCAAUAAAUCAUUAACAAGUCAAAAUGAUGAAUUAGUGGAUGAACUAAUGGUCACUGAAGUCGAUCAACCUAAUAAGGGUUCGCUGCUCAAAAUUAUGAAAAUGAAUUCCCCUGAAUGGUUAAUAAUAUUGGUAGGUUGUCUGGCCUCUAUCAUUAGUGGUGCUUCUCUACCAGUUUAUGCUCUUGUUUUUGGUGACAUCGUAGGAGUUCUUUCAAAUCAAGACAAGGAUCAGGUCCAAGCCGACAGCAACAAAUACUCUUUGUACUUCUUGAUAAUUGGAAUUGUCACAGGCUUGGCAACGUUUUUCCAGAUGUUCUCAUUUGGUGUGGCUGGCGAAAAACUGACAAAAAGGAUACGUCUUAAAACAUUUGAAGCCAUGCUUCAUCAAGAGAUGGGCUGGUAUGAUAAAAAGGAAAAUGGCGUUGGAGCUUUGUGUGCACAACUGGCUGGAGAUGCCGCCAGUGUGCAAGGAGCUGCUGGAAUUCGAAUAGGAUCUGUGUUAAAUUCGAUGUCAACUUUUAUUUUAUCGUGCACGUUCGCCCUCUUUUACGAUUGGAAGUUGGCAUUGGUCUUGCUUUCUUUCGCACCACUAAUUUUAAUGUCCAUUUGGUUUGAGCAAAAGACAUUGCAGGGCGACGCCAGCCAAAAAAUGUUAGAAAAUUCAUCCAAGGUUGCUGUGGAGGCAAUUGGUAACAUCAGGACAGUCGUGUCUCUUGGGUGUGAAAAAGUGUUUUACAAUAUAUAUGUGAAAGAAUUACAUCCGUAUCAAGUGAAAUCAAAGAGGAAAUCCCAUUUUAGAGGUUUGGUGUUAGGUUUAGCAAGAAGUCUGAUGUUGUUUGCGUACGCCGCAGGAAUAACUUAUGGUGCUCAACUAAUUGUAAGAAGGGAACAAGAGUACGGAACAGUGUUUAAAGUGGCGGAAGCAGUAAUAACAGGAUCAUGGUCAAUCGGUAAUGCUUUAUCUUUUUCACCCAAUUUCCAACAAGGCCUGAAUGCUGCAGGAAGAAUAUUUUCCUUGCUCGAGAGAAUUCCACUAAUAAGGAAUAUGAAUUUGGCAUCCUCUAAAAUAUGGGAAAAAACAAACAUAGAUUACUUCCAAAUAUAUUUCUCUUACCCCACGAGGCCAACUGUGUCUGUGUUAAACGGUUUAGAUUUGUCCAUUUUGGAAGGCAAAACAGUCGCUUUAGUCGGUUCCAGUGGUUGUGGCAAAUCCACCAUAAUUCAACUGUUGGAACGUUUCUAUGAUCCAACAUACGGUGAAAUUACUGUGGACGGCGACGACACUAGAAUGUUGGAUUUGAAAACUCUAAGAUCUCAAAUUGGCAUCGUAUCUCAAGAGCCAAACCUAUUUGACAGGACCAUCGAAGAGAACAUAGCUUACGGUGCCAACGACAGAAAAGUGCCGAAAGAGGAAAUCGAAUCUGCAGCGAAAUCUGCAAAUAUACACAACUUUAUUACUUCACUUCCACUGAAUUACGAGACCAGACUUGGAUCGAAGGGAGCCCAAUUAUCUGGAGGUCAAAAACAAAGAGUAGCUAUUGCCAGGGCAUUAGUAAGAAAUCCAAAAAUAUUACUCUUGGACGAAGCGACUUCUGCUUUAGAUAAUGAAAGCGAAAAGAUUGUCCAAGAAGCUUUGGAUAACGCCAAACAGGGUCGGACAUGUAUCACUAUCGCCCACAGACUCACCACCAUAAAAGACGCAGACUUAAUAAUAGUUUUAAAUGAGGGAAGAAUUGGAGAAAUGGGAACACAUCAAGAACUUCUCGCCAGAAAAGACCUCUAUUAUAAGUUUUAUAAACUUCAAUCUGGAGCACAUUAAAAAUUAUAUAAUUACAUAAAUUUAUUAUUAUACGAUAAGAUCAGAGUUAUGUUAGAUUCUAAUUAAAAUCUGGUGGGUAGAACAAUUUAAAAAUGUUACUCGAAGCACGUCAAUACCUUUCAUCAGUAAAAAUAACAGAAUGUUGAUUAAUUAAUUAGCAGUUUAAAAGUUAUUGUUUCUGAUUAGGGUAUUUUAUAAACGAACAGAAUAAAUGUCAAUAAUUAUAGAGAAAAGUCCAUUUUAAAUAUUUAAUUAAUCUACCAAAUGCUCAUAGAUUUGUAUCACUAUAAUUAUGUUAAGAAGUAAGUUAUUAAACAUUCAUUUUAAAGCAUAUAAAAGACCAAAAAGUUAUCGUAUCCCAUUUCCUUAACUGAUCGCAAUGGUUUCAAUAAAAUCUCCCGCAUUCACCCUA